AUGAAACUGAAUCUAGUAGCUUUAUUUAUCUUCAAUCUAUUGAUUAAUGCAUCGACUGAGACUCAAAAUGAAAGAAAGCCAUACAUUGUUUACAUGGGAGACGUGCCAGCAGCUGGAAUUUCAGCGGUAAAUGAGCAUCAGAAUCUGCUAAGGACAGCAAUUGGAGACGCGAAAUUAGCCAAAGAAUCCAAAGUACACAGUUAUAAGAAGAGCUUCAGUGGAUUUGUCGCCAGGCUAUUGCCGCAUGAAGCGAAGAGAUUAUCAGAGGAAGAGGGUGUUGUAUCUGUGUUUCCAAACACUAGGCGUAAACUUCACACUACUAGAACAUGGGAUUUCCUGGGACUUUCUGAAACAUUACAGCAAAAGAACUCCAAAAAAGAGAGUAAUAUCAUUGUUGGUGUUUUAGAUACAGGAAUUUGGGUAAAAUCUCCAAGUUUUAAUGAUAAAGGCUACGGACCUCCUCCUGCAAAAUGGAAGGGCAAAUGUUUUACGGGCGCCAAUUUCACUGGCUGCAACAACAAAGUCGUUGGUGCAAGAUACUACCAUUUAGAGAAAGAGAUUGAUCCUAGAAUGGACGAGCCAAGUCCAGUUGAUACUGAUGGACAUGGCACUCACACUUCCUCCACAGCUUCAGGUGCACCAGUCAAGGGUGCUAGUUUGUAUGGCAUCGCCCAAGGCACUGCUCGCGGCGGCCUCCCAUCAGCUCGAGUCGCGAUGUACAAAGUAUGUUGGGAGGAUGGCUGCAAUGAUAUGGACUUACUAGCCGCUUUUGAUGAUGCCAUUCUAGAUGGUGUGGACUUGAUAUCGGUUUCAAUCGGUGGACCGUCGAGGAGUUUUUUCGAUGAUCCCAUUGCAAUUGGAUCUUUUCAUGCCAUGAAAAAGGGAAUUCUUACCUCUUGUUCAGCUGGGAAUCAGGGGCCUCAUCCAGGAACAGUUCAAAAUGUUGCACCAUGGAUUUUGACUGUGGCUGCUAGCAGCAUUGAUAGGCACUUAGUGACAGGAGUUAAACUUGGCAAUGGAAUGGAAACUUCUGGGAUCUCAAUUAACACAUUUUCACCAAAAAAAAUACUGUACCCUCUUACUAGUGGAGCUCUUGCAGCCAAUGGUAGUGGUCAGGGCUAUGGAAAUGCUAGUGCAUGCGAUUAUGCAACUCUAAGCAUGAAUAAAGUGAAGGGAAAGAUUGUGUACUGCCUUGGUUCCGGUAGCCAAGACUAUACUAUCAAAGAAUUAGGUGGUGCAGGAACAAUCGUGACCCUUGAUGAACCCACAGACACAGCCUUCACCACUCUUAUACCGGGCGCUUUCAUCGGCGCCAAAGAUGGCUCCAAGAUAGACCAUUACAUCAACUCUACCAAGAACCCUCAAGCUGUUAUAUACAAGACAAGGGCAGUUAAGAUGGCUGCCCCCUUCGUCGCUUCAUUCUCAGCCAGAGGACCUCAAGUCAUCAGCCUUAACAUCCUGAAACCAGAUAUUUCAGCACCAGGAAUAGACAUAUUAGCUGCAUAUUCACAACUGGUAUCGAUAACAGGACAGCCAAUGGACAAACGAGUUGCACCAUUUAACAUACUAUCAGGCACAUCAAUGGCUUGCCCUCAUGCUGCAGCAGCUUCUGGCUAUGUCAAAUCUUUCCACCCGGACUGGUCGCCCGCCGCCAUCAAAUCCGCCCUCAUGACCACUGCCACGCCUAUGGAAAUCAAAGCAGAAGAUGCAGAACUAGGCUCUGGAUCAGGCCAAAUUAAUCCAUUACGGGCGAGGCACCCGGGUCUCAUCUAUGAUAUUUCCUUGAAUGACUAUGUACGUUUCUUCUGCAAGGAAGGUUAUAACAGCACAUCCAUUGGUCUACUAUUGGGAGGCAAGAAAAGGUUCAACUGCUCUAGUUUUAAACCUGCCCAAGGGACAGAUGGUCUUAAUUAUCCAUCAAUGCACACACAGGUGAAGAACAAGAAUUCCAGUAUUUCAGCCGUGUUUUACAGGACUGUGACACAUGUGGGAUAUGGAAAGUCAGUGUACAAGGCAAUUAUUACAUCGGCAAAGGGUCUUUCAAUUAGAGUUGUUCCAAAUACUCUGAUAUUUAGUAAACCGCGUGAAACGAUGUCUUUCAAGGUAGUGGUGAAAGGCGGCGUAAUGAAAAAGGGAAAUCAUAUCCUAUCAGCUUUACUUGAAUGGAGAGACUCCAAGCACAGUGUGAAGAGCCCUAUUCUUGUUUAUAGGCCAGGACAAUCUUAA